UAUUUCUUUAAAGAAUCCUUUUAAAAAAUAGAAGAUAAUUUUAGAAGGAAAAAAAGAAGUGUGUUUUUGGAGAAGGUCAAUACGGCUGCGUUUUGAGGACGCUGAGAAUAUGCAAUAUAACGAACUUUUGUGAAGCGCGCUUCUAGACACUUCUGUUUUCUGUUUGGUCUCUUCUUAUAUACGCGAGUCGCCGUUAUAUCUCUAUAGAGAUAUAGAGAAGAAGAAGAAGAAGAAGAAGAAGGAUUGCGAUUUGGGAGAGAAGUGAAGAGAGAAGAAAGAAUGUCGUACUUGCUGCCGCACUUGCACUCCGGUUGGGCGGUGGAUCAGGCCAUUCUCUCCGAGGAAGAACGCGUUGUGGUCAUCCGCUUCGGCCAUGACUGGGACGACACCUGCAUGCAGGAUUCAUCUAAUCUAAUCUCAAAUUGUUUGUUGCUGAUGGGAAGCUCUUAAAUUAAGAGAUGGAUGAAGUGCUGGCGGCGGUUGCGGAGACCAUAAAGAGUUUUGCGGUGAUAUACCUGGUGGACAUCACGGAGGUGCCGGAUUUCAACACCAUGUACGAGCUCUACGAUCCAUGCACAGUCAUGUUCUUCUUCAGGAACAAGCACAUCAUGAUCGAUCUUGGCACCGGUAACAACAAUAAGAUCAAUUGGGCACUCAAGGACAAGCAGGAGUUCAUUGACAUCGUUGAGACUGUGUACAGGGGUGCCAGGAAGGGACGUGGUCUUGUUAUUUCUCCUAAGGAUUACUCCACCAAGUACCGCUACUGAUUGCUACUUGUUCUUCUCUUUGAUUUCAUGCGCUUGAAAAAUCUUCAUUCAAAGUUAUUGUAAACCCUAAACUCAUUAGCCUUGUAGUUUGAUUAGCUGAGUAGAAAACUAGAAAUUGAUCCUGCGGCCUCGGCCGUUGUCUGAGCCCUAUUCUAAUGGUUGAUUGUCAGUGAGACAUGUACUUUAUUCACGGAUUCUGAUGUUAAACAUAUCAAGUGAGUUCUUAUGAACUCUUUCUUCACUCUUGUUAAUAAUAAUCUUCCAAGCUUUGCCUCA